UUGCUAUAAAUCUACAACAUAAUGAUGAUUCGAACGGGUAGUCGACUGGAAAUUACAUUAUGAAUCAUUCUUAACUGACCUGUGUUGAUGCUGGAUAUACAUGUACUAGACACAGCCUCUUACGGAAACACGUAACACUCACAAUGCCGCUGAACUCUAUAACAAUCAUUCUGUUUGGUUACCUAAUGCUCCUUGACGUCGUCUCUGGAACUGCCAUUGAUGUGAUGCAUAUAGAUAAAAAGGCCUGUUCGUUUGAUAUAUACCACUUAAACGAAUACGACUUGAUGCAGCUGGAAUGGGAUGGACGCCAGCUGCCAUCUUACUGCAAGAUGUCCUUCAUUGGUAGAAGCCUAACAGAAUCUCUGAACUCAUACGAUGUCUGUGUGGAAGCCUUGACAUAUGACAUAAACAAAUGUGAUUUCAUGUUGACAUACUACAGUAACAAUAGACAAAUGGGGAGUUAUUCCUGCAAAGACGAUUUACCUCCUAAAAUCUGUGCCGGCGAAGAAAAAUAUCUCGAUAUCAGUUUCAGAGCAGAAACUUCCUCAACUUCUUCAGUGACGUUAUUGGUUACUGCAACACUGAGGAAAGAAGUUAACAUGGUAAUGGUGUACGUUGCGAUAUCUAUGGGAGUCCUUGUCGGCACAGCAGGUGUGUUUGUAGUGCUAUGUCUAUUGUGCCGGAGGAGGAAUCGACAAAGUAACCAAGGAAUGGUUAUACAACGAACCACGCCCAUCACAGGAACUUCAACCAUAAUUCCUGCGGUGCCACUGAGCCAGCCAUACAUACAAACUGGACCAGAUUUAAACCCAGCACAACAAGCGCCACUGAUGCUUCAACAUACCAUACCUGUCUCUCCGCCUAUGUAUUCAGAGUCAUUGAGCGAUAAAACAACGCUUCCUCAGUCGCAGUUGAAAAUCUGAAAAAAGGUUUACCGUCAGACAAUAUUAGUCGACACCAACGUAAUUCAAUAUGUAUUGUAACGUGAUUUACAUUAACAAAAUAUUACAGCCCUAUCAUAAAGUCGGCGAUCUCCCCAUGAUUAGGGCUAUAAUGCCGUAGAACUCUUGAGUAGUACAGUUAGUAUGAUUGUAGCUAUUUUGACUGCUACAGAAAUACGUUUAUGUCAUUACACUGGAUUGGAUUGUAUUAUUGUGGUGAAGUACACGGACCUUUGUCAAUUCUGCUGAAGAUGGAAUGCCUUCUAUAAUGCUGAGGUAGAUCUGCAUGUUUCCGUCAAUGUCGACCUAGUCUUAAUAAAUUCUGUAUUCGUCUCACCAAUAUUUACUCAAAAUGCAGUUUUAUUCAUUUCUAUAAAUAUUUUUAUAUUGUUCCCUAAGAUAUUGAUACUAUAUAGGGAAACAUUCAUAACUUCCAUCAAUUCAAAUAUAGAUGAGGAAAAUUAUGUAAUCUUUACGUUUGAGUGAAUUGUUUUAUUGGCGAAUAUAAGGCUGAUGAAGUCUUUUGUAAAUAGAUUGUUCUUGUCCAAUUCUUAUGUGUUUAUCAACUACUUCAUGUGAUCAUAAGGAAUCUUCAGUACUACAGAAAAAAAGGAUUGGUUCUGAUCCAAUCUUUCAAUAUAUUUUCAUUAUUAUGAUUCUAUAUAUAUAUAAUGUUAUAAUGUUAAAAGUUACGAUGCUCUUCUUGUAAUUCUAUUUUAAAUGCUUAUUUUGCCAUUCAUUUUUUUACUAUGUAUGUAUUUUAAAUGUGCCUAGUACCGGUGAUGCAAUGUUACUUGUAAAGAAAAUUCUAUUUCAGAAUUGUGAAAGGAAACACAAAAAAUAUUCGUGAUAUAUGUGUGAAGAACGGUUUAUAAAUAAAAUUGUAUUUUUCCUA